UUUAGAGAAAAACUUGGCGAUGACGGAAACGGUUGUACAUAAGAAUCCAACAGUUGUUACGGUUACUUCACCAGUACAUACACCAUGGAAAGUUGAUACCCAGUCGGUAGUUUCCGAAACUUUGUCCACUUCCUUGGAAAGGAGACAUACAUCAGUUGGUAACUUUCCUGAUACGAUGUCGAUCAGCUUGCUUCAAAACGAAUCACGACGAAUAUUAUUCAGUCAGAACCUAUCGUCCUCCGCAACUCAUGCUGAAAGGACAAACCCUUUCGAAACUAGUGACAAUGCCAAAGAAGAAUUUGCAAGCUCUUCGGAUGAUUAUUUGUCGGAUAAAGCUGAAGUUGUAUUUAGUGGAGGCACUGCUCCGUCACAGGGAACAUCUCCCGGCAUUAAAUGGAAAGCUCUGAAUAAUUCAGACGAGGAAACAAGCGAUGGUUCGGACGAAGUCGAUGGUGAUACAGACGAUGAGGGUAGUAACGAUAAAGCUGGUGGAAUGUCAGAUACGGAAACGAAAAAUCUUUUAGAAGACGUAAUUGAAGACGAAGAAGAAUCUGAUUUGGAAGACAGUAAAACACUGAGUAGUGAUAUGGGCCGGACAUCAAAACCGAUUCAGGAUAAAACUUCCUCAGAAUCAUUAGCAGAUUCAUUAUAUGGAAUGUCCGAAGAACAAAAGGCUUACUAUACAAAGUGUUUCAAUCAUCUAAUGAAAAAAACUGCUGGGUAUAGUGAUAUAAGCGGUGCUGUUUGUGGCGCAAACGAACAUGUCGUUGAGUUUUUCAAGCGAAGUGGUUUAGAUCGUGAAAAGCUAUCCAAAAUUUGGAGCUUAAGUGAUGUGAACGAAGAUGGGUAUUUGGAUUUGAAUGAAUUCUCAGCCGCCAUGCAUCUUAUUGUUCUGCAUAUCAAGGGGCACAUUCCUAUUCCAGAUGUUAUUCCAUUUGAAAUUAGUCCUCCGAUUAUGCCACGUCGGGAUGUUCUACAACAGACUGCUGAAGAUGGUAAUAGGAGACAAAGGACAGAAACACGGGCAGCUAAUAUCAUGCAGGACUGGAAACAGUUCGAUUACGAUGACGCUGUAACAAGGGUAACACUUGGACAUUAUCCGCAGCAGUAUCAUUCCUUCAGUGAUGAGCAUCUUCAUGUUCAACCGGAAAAUCAAGAUUCUCCAGAAAGAUUGAGCACCUUUUCUGAUGUACCUCCACUUCUUGUCGAUGUACGUCCUACAGCAGUAAAAGCUACGCAACCUCUAACCUGCGCGAUUAAGGACGAAACUGAGUCUUCUAAUGUGCAGUUUAACGGUGCCGCAAAUUUUGCAUUAAGCCCCCAAGCACCCAAAGGACCUCCGCCAAAGCCACCUCCAAGGCCUGUAAGCAAAGGACAUGGACGCAGUGCCAGCCUAGACUUGAAUAAUUUUCAAAGUUCCGCUGUGGCAGCACCUGGAUUAAAACUGAAGUUGGCAACAGAAACAUCGCAGCGUGGCGCAACUCUUCCUGCUCAAGGAUCAUUGCGUCAUCCAUGCAAUUCUGUAGCUUCUGAUACCAUGCGCUUUUCAGCAGCGACAGAAUGGCAAGAUCCCAGUUCUUCACUUCGGCAUCCUCCUGCUCCACCGUUACCACCACGACCAACAUUUGUUGAUGUUAGCAUACAAACGGAAGACGUUAUUUCAUCGCGAAGCUUUAAUGAUGGUCGCGAACUCAUCGAACUCAAUAUUGAUAUGGAAAAACGUAUCGAGGAAUUAUUAGCCGAGGAGAGCAAUGCAAGCGCAAGUGGCGGUUGUACUAACAGUGGUGGCGCAACCACAAGUACUACAGCAUCAGACAGACAGGUGAACUGGCAGGUUCGAUGUGAUCACUUACGAUUGUUAAACAGUCAUUUGGAAGCAGAACGGGCUAAAUUAGCGCAGAUUAGGCUGCAGCUUGAAUUGAGGCUUCAGGAGGCAACUGGCAAUCAUCCAUCGAUGAAGCCAACUUCACUUUAGAACUUUUCUGGAUUCUUGUCCAACAAAGAACAACAAUAACAUUUCCUCUAGCUUUUGAUUCGAUUUGCUUUCUACUCUCGUUCCCAC